AGAGGGAGUAUGACAUCAGCUCUGUAUAAAGUUAUCACAUGUCAAAUGGGUACUUCCACAGUUAUGCUGGAAACAGCUUUUAGCUUGAGGAAUUCAACGUGACUUGCAAUGGAUUCAACAGAUUUAGAUUUAGACUUUGAUUAUACGAAUGUCACCACCAGUAAUUUUACUUAUGAGGAUGUUUCUUUCAAAGUCCACACCACAUGUUUCACUGAGGUUCUGUGCCUGUUGUUUCUGGUGAUCAGUGUAAUCAUCUUCUUGCUGGGCAUUGGAGGAAAUGGGUUGGUUAUCUGGAUUGCAGGUUUUGGCAUGAAGAAGUCAGUCAACACUACCUGGUACCUGAGUCUGGCUGUGUCUGACUUCAUCUUCUGCGCCUGUUUGCCUUUUAACAUUAUCUACAGUGCAACUUCGGACUGGAUCUUUGGGCUCUUUAUGUGUAAGUUCACAUCCUUUGUUAUGUUCCUCAACAUGUUCAGCAGCAUCUUCCUCCUUGUCAUCAUCAGCGUAGAUCGCUGCGUAGCCGUGAUGUUUCCUGUUUGGGCCCAGAAUCAUCGCACUAUCGGAAAAGCUUCUGUGAUUAUCGUUCUCGCAUGGGUCGUCUCUGUAGGUUUAAGUAUUCCAUCUGUUGUAUUCCGUGAUGUCCAGAAUCACUUGGGUAUAAAUCGAUGCAUGAACAACUACAGAUCAAGCCAGUACAGCCACCAAAUCAUAGCCAUGGGUCGCUUUGUUUUUGGAUUCGUGAUCCCGUUCCUUCUCAUUAUUGUCUGUUACACUCUUAUCAUAUUUAGACUGAGAGCCACACAGAUGGCAAAGUCCAACAAACCAUUUAAGAUCAUGACAGCUCUCAUUUUCACCUUCUUCCUGUGCUGGCUGCCUUACCACACAUUUGUGCUAAUCGAACUGAAUCAAAGUGUCCAUACUGAGACCAUAGCGUAUGGGCUGAAAAUUGGCACCAGUGUUGCUGCCGCAAACAGCUUCUUAAACCCUGUUUUAUAUGUCUUCAUGGGUAAUGACUUUAGGAGGAAAUUCAAGAGCUCCAUCUUAUCAAAGAUUGAGAAUGCCAUAGGAGAGGACGGGCGAAUGAUGAGUCGCUACUUAUCUCGCUCCAGCUCAGUGGAUGCCAAGGUGUCCACUUGUAUCUAAAGUGGCAACUGAAAGUAAUAUAUAAUGAUAUUUUCAGUGAUGUAUAGAAAUAAAGCAAACUUUGUAAAUGUGCACAAUGCAAAUGAAUUAUUGAUGCUGAACUGUUCGACUAGUUGUCUUCACUAUUUUGAGCAAUAUUUUUAUAUAUAAUAACAUCUUUGUUUCCAUCUAUUUAACUUGUCACAAUAAUUUCUGUAAAUUCUGAGUUUUUGGAAUUUCAACUAGAAUUUACCAGUAAUUAAAAUCAAUGUGGUUAAGAAGUGUGACAUAAUAAUUGCUGUACAGUUUGUUGUAACUUUGCCACCACUUAAAGGUGCAUUCAGUAAUUUGGGGCUAAUUUAAAAAGUUUUACACAUUAACAAAUUAACUGUGUUUUUGUGAAGAGUGAUCUGAAUGGUGUACCCUCAUAUGAAAUGAAAACUGUACUCAUAAUAGUUUUCUAUAAAAUGUGUUUUUAUUAUACAUGGUGCAGGUCACCCUUUUCAAUGUGUUUAGCCAUGCUGAAAUGACAUGGUCCGCUGCGUUUCACUAAAUGUUGAAAAAGAAAAUCUUUGCGCUCAUUGGCUGCCGCCUAUAUAGAUUCACGUGUCUAUGCUUAGCGCAAUGUUGUUUGGUGACGCAAAGAGUGAAAAGAACACAAUGGAACAUACUUAUUAUUGUGCUUUAGAAGCAGAGACAACAGGGGAUUCAGCAGCUGUACUGCCAAAGAAGCUAAAAAUGUCCAAAGCAAGAAGACAAAUAGACCGGCAAAGACAAAAAAACUAGAGUAAACAUCGGUACGGCAUGCACGAGGUGGAAAGAUUUGAUGAUGGAGAAAAACCUAAUGAGUAAUGAUGCCAAUAUUGCUUUUUUUUUGUUGGACAGGUAAGAAAUUAUUAAUUGUUUAGACCACUCUCUAAAAUAGUAUCAGUGGAAUUUACAGUAAAAAGUUUCCCUCGAAACUUUUUAAAAUGACGUGUGUAGUCAACGUAUGUUAGUAAUGGACAGUUUUCAGCUGUAUUUACAAACGCAACCGCGUCACAGCUAUAGUAUACUAAAUUUGAUCAUGAAAAACAAUUCUAAUCUUUCCUUUACCAUGGCAUUCUGUAUUGCUAGAUAACUGUGCUUUUUUUUUUCGCUAAACAGUUCUCUAAUAAAGGUAAUAACUGUCUUUAGAAAUAACGUGGAAUGUAGACAGUCUUUAAAGAUUAUUGAUAUGAGGGACAAUAAUAAUCUGUCCUUAACUGUAGAAGUCUGUUCGCUUGAAUUCUGACAAUUGUGCAAUUAUAUUAUAGUAGUAAUAAAUAACUUUAGAAAUUACCUCAAACUCUGACAUUUUCCAGAUGCAAAUGAAAUUCCAGAGCUGGCGGGGGCAGCAGAGAUGAUCAUGCUGAUCCACGUCAGUAGAUGACAGUACAGCGUCUAACACCACUAUCGUAUUGGUACUUAAAGUACAUGAAGAAGAGCAAUGCUAAUGCUAGCUAGAGAACUACUGAAUGCCCCUUUAAGUUAAACAAUUAAACUUAAGUUUUGAAUUUAAGUGGGUUGACUUUUUUACAGUGAUGAACUAAAAUAGUUGAUUACAGACUCCAGGCUAAUUUUGAGUAAUGUUGGCCAAAAACAGUUUUAGCUUCGAGCGAUAUUUCAGUAUAUCAGGCCGUAUAUGAGGUGUUCUAUGCUUUUAUAUGACUAUAAAUGUAAAUGUUUAUGUGUCUGAUCAUAUGUGCUUUUCAAGGCAUCACUGGAAACAUUGGACUUGAUUUUCUUUAUCAGUAAUUAAAUUCAAAGUGGUUGUUAAUUCAAAAACGUGCAAUGAACUCAUAGCUGCAGGUUGUAAAUUUGACACAACUUUAACUUGAAAAUUUAAGGCAACAGUUAAGCCUAAGUUCCCAAUGUUAGUGGACUGAAAUUUUGUACAGAGUAUCUUUAUAACCACAAUUUCUGUGUCUAAUAAACAUUUACAAUGCCUUAAUCA